UUUCAAUACAGAAAUAAUAAAUAUUAGAACAUCGUUAAACGUACUUAUCGCAUGUCGUGGUCUUGUUAUUAAUUUUUAUCUAAAUUAUUUAUUGUGUAGUAAGCGGUCACUUUGAUAUGUACCGGAUUUGUUUUCGUUAAACUAAAAGGCUCUUAAAAAUUAAAUUCGUGAAUAUAUUAUUUAGUCAUGGAAUACAGAAAACAUAGAAUUUUCGGAUAUUCAUUAGCAAUAUUUAUACAUGUCGCUAAUUUAGUAUAUAUGGGAAUAUAUAUAGCCCCAAGGGUUUACGGUAAUCCAAAACUUACGAAGUUUAAUAAUUUACAACCGAGAUUCUUUACGAUUUGGACCUUGAUGUUGCAAUUGACAUACUCUGCUGUAAGUUUAAUAUGUGAAUUAACAUUCGAAAACGCAACGAAAAGGAAAAACAUCACACGAUAUGUAAACGGAUUUAGAAACGUUCUGUUUUCCAGUAUUCUGUGGCCAUCUUGUUGGGUUGUAGCGAUUGUAUUUUGGUCGCUCUAUUUAUAUGAUAUAGACCUAAUAUUCCCUGAACAUACAUCUGAAUUACUUCACCCUAUAUCUAACCAUAUAAUGCAUACACUAAUAGUACCUAUAUCUGUAUGGGAAGUACUAUACAGACCGAGAUCGCUGCCCAGAUCACAUAGGAAAUAUGUUUAUCAUCUAUUAUUAUUUUUCGCUUUUUAUUUUACUGUAUUGAUCUACACAUACAUAGAAAGAGGUCUAUGGAUUUAUCCGAUUUUUGCAAAAUUUUAUGGAACUAUCUUCUUCCCACUCUUACACCUGGCAGUGACGGGUAUAGCAAUAUCCGCUUACGUCAUACAAUGGCCGCUAGCGAAAUAUGUUUGGCGCCAAAAUAUAAAAAAAGGCCUAUAGUAUUUUGUAAAUUAGUGUUAAUUCUUAAUUUAUAUAUACAUUUACAAACAUUUUCUAUACAUUUAAAUGUUACGUACAAUUUAUUAUAGUUAACGUUAUUAUUUUCUUAUAGAUUUUCUGCUAUUCUCUUCAAAUUAUUUUUAUUUUGAUAUCCAUAAGGCAACCUCACACUGAAAUCAAUUUUCCUUAGUUUUUAUAAUUGUAUAUUAUUUGAUGUGUUUUUUUCUCUUCUUGAUUGUUAUGUUUGCCUACAAAUGUUUGUCACGUUAAGUCUUGUAUUUUAUUUUUCUUAUACUCAUAUCAAUGUAUGAUUGUGUCGAGCGUUG